AUGCGCUCGUUUUGGAUGUUACUAGGCUCACUGGCUCUCGUAGCUAGAGCCCAGAAACCAAUAGGAUGUCCCAUCCUCGGACCGGCAUACCCUGCACCUACAGGAUUGUCGCAAGACCCGGUGUUCCUGAGUAAAGCGGAGGAAUUGACCGCGCAGCUCAAUGAAGCCAUUGAGAAUGGAACGCUGCCUUUUAUAUCGGCCGCUGCGCAAAUCUUCAGUGGCGACGAGGACGACGCAGCUUAUGGGUUCUACCUUACGGACGAGAUUGUCAAGACUGGUUCUGUGGGUGUCAGGGAGGUUGAUGAGAAUACUAUAUUCCGCAUUGGGAGUGUCUCAAAGUUGUGGACGAUGUUCCUAUACAUGACCUUGAAUGGAACGCGAUACUUCCAUGAGCCAGUGGCGAAUUAUGUGCCUGAACUGCGGGUUAAGUAUAACGCAACACAAGCGGUGAAUGAUAUUGAUCAUGUGUCCUGGAGUGAGGUAACUAUUGGUGAAUUGGCUAGUCACCAAGCUGGUAUUGCGAGAGACUAUGCAUUUGGAGACCUUGGGUUCCAGUCAAGCCACCUUGAGACUAUGGGAUUCCCUCCUUUGUUCAAUGGUGAGGAGUUGGCCUGUGGGAAUACCAUUCAGUGUGAUAGAAAAGAAUUCUUCAAGGGAUUUCUCAAUAUGCAUCCUUUGACUCUCACCUCUCAUACACCAAUAUAUUCGAAUGCAGGAUACCAAAUUCUUGGCUACGCAUUGGAAGCCAUAGCAGAUACUGGCUAUGAAGAACUCUUACUCCGCCGUCUUAUCGAGCCCCUAAACCUAACACGAUCCUACCUGAAUGCCCCAGACGCGAGCUUGGCCGUGGUCCCCUACAACGAGACCUACAGCUGGUUCAGCUAUGACAUCGGCGAGGAAGCCCCCGCCGGAGGCAUCUUCUCCUCGGCAAAAGACAUGUCCACAUUUGGACGCGCAAUCCUCUCCAACGCACUCAUCGACCCCGCCACAACAAGACGCUGGCUAAAGCCGCUCUCGCAUACCUCCUCCCUACAAAAUUCUGUCGGCGCCCCUUGGGAAAUUUACUCAUAUCUUCUCCCCCGCCGUGUCGAUCUCUAUACCAAAGCCGGCGACAUCGGACUAUAUUCGAGUUCCUUCGCACUUUCCCCAGACCACAAUGCCGGGUUCACAGUGCUAGUUGCCGGCCCCAAUUCCCAUCAGCUGACAGCAACGAUCGCCGAGAUGACCGCGGAUAUUCUGCUUCCUGCACUUGAUGAGAUUGCUAAAAACCAAGCUCUCGAACGAUUUGGGGGCACCUAUGCCCUGGAGAGUGCCUAUUCUAAUGUUAAUUCCUCGAUUACCAUCACCGCCGAUGAGGGUCCCGGAUUGGUGGUUUCUGAGUGGAUUAAUGACUCCGUCGAUAUGAUUGGGAGUAUUAUGGCGUUGCAGGGCGUUGCGGAUCGCUCUGCGUUGACUAUUCGUCUUCAGCCUAGUGGAUUGCAGGCUGAAGGGCGGAUGUCGUUCUCGGCUGUUAUAUAUGCGCUUCCUAUCCCGAAAGAUGCGGGGCCAAUGCUUGGGUCUUGCUUUUCAUGGAUUUUGCUUGAGUCUAUGGUUUAUGGUAGUGUUGGGCUUCAUGAGUUUGAGUUUGGGUUGGAUGCGCACGGGGGAGCGACGUCUUUGUCUCCAAGAGCUUUGCGGGUCCGGCUGCCUAGGGUCUGA